AUGGUCGGCAAGGAUUGCGUCGCCAUAGCCUGCGAUCUCCGUCUCGGCCUCCAAGCCCUGACCGUCUCGAACAACUUCCCAAAGAUCUUCAACUACGCACCAUCCGUGUACCUUGGGUUAACGGGUCUUGCGACAGACGUCCAGACGGUCAGCGACACAUUCCGCUACAAGGUCAACAUGUACAGACUACGAGAGGAGCGCAAUAUUUCACCACAGACACUCGCCAAUCUAGUCUCCAGCAGUCUGUACGAGAGGAGGUUCGGACCCUGGUUCGUCAGCCCAGUUCUUGCUGGCAUCAACCACACAACCGGAAAACCAUUCAUCUGCGGCUUCGAUAGUAUAGGCUGCAUCGACUUCGCCAAAGACUUUAUCGUGGCUGGAACAGCAAGUGAUCAGUUGUUUGGUACCUGCGAAGGAUUAUGGGAGCCGGACUUGGAGCCAGAUGACCUUUUCGAAACCAUUUCACAAGCUCUUCUCAAUGCGGUCGAUCGAGACGCCCUCUCCGGCUGGGGUGCACACGUAUACAUCAUUGAGAAGGACAAGGUGACCAAACGAUUACUGAAGGGCAGACAAGAUUAA